AUGAGUGUCCUCCCUGGAGAAGUGAGCCAGGAGCUCGACCAGUUGGUCGGGCUGUUGAUGCUGCUGGAUAACAACGUCCGGAGCAGCGCGGAGAAGACGUUGGAAAAGGAGUGGCAGCAGCUGCCAGAACAGGUGCUGAUGCUCCUCACAUUCUUGGCCGAGCGGGCCUGCGACGCCCCCGACACCACCUACCAAGCAUUUGCCGCCGUCAUGUUCCGCCGGGUGGCGAUCAAGACCCCGGAAUACCUGAGUUCGGUGGCCGACCGCACUAUCAGCUCCGUCCCCGAGCCCGUACGCACGCAAAUCCGUCGUAUUUUACUUCAAGGGUUCGUCAAGGAAAACUUGCCGAAACUGGUGCGCCACAAGCUCGCCGACGCCAUUGCUGAGAUGUCUAAGCCCGACGCGCUGCCGGCGGGGCUGUGGGCAGAGUUGGUGCCGCUGAUCCUCUACGCUACCGAGCUCCCCGACCCUAGCUUUAGGGAGAGUGCUCUUCGUAUCAUUGCCGCUGCUCCCGAAGUGGUGGAAGAUGCCGCUGAAAAAGUCGUCCAGGUGUUUAAACAAGCGUUUGAAGAUAACGACGACGAAGUGCGCAUCGCUGCCUGUCUGGCGUUUGUGGCGUUCUUCAGAGGCCUCCGUAAAUCGGAAUGGCCGCUUUUACAGACGCUUUUACCCGGUUUGCUUAAUUCGCUCCCUCGAUUCCUUGAGGCUCACCACGAUGUCGCUUUAGCCCAAGUGUUUGAGCUGUUGAUUGAACUCGUGGAAUUGGCCCCAAAGAUGUUUAGAGACAUGUUUGGUACCAUCGUCGACUUCUGCGCCACCGUGUGUAAAGACCGCGACUUGGACGAGCUGUGUCGCAUGGCCCUGCUUGAGCUCUUGACGACGUUUGCUGAGUGUGCCCCGCAAAUGUGUAAGCGAGAAGAACGGUACCCGGAUACGUUUGUGGUUACCUGUUUGACGAUGCUUACUGAAGUCGGUGAAGACGAUGACGAUGCUGCUGAAUGGAAUAAUAGCGAUGGCAACGAUGAUGAUCUGGAUGAAGACCCCAUUUACGAUGCUGCUCGUCAAGCUCUUGAUCGGGUAGCCCUCAGAUUAGGUGGGCAAACGUUAGCCGCUCCCUUGGUGCGCUACUUACCGGAAAUGGCUCAACUGAGCGAAUGGCGACAACGGCAAGCGGCUCUCAUGGCCCUUUCGCUGGCGGCUGAGGGUUGUGUCGAUGUGCUUAUGGACCAGAUCGACCUGCUUUUGGAUAUGGUGAUCCCGUUGGUGGCGGACCCCCACCCGAGAGUACAAUACGCUGGGUGUAAUGCCUUGGGGCAAAUGUCGACCGACUUCGCCAACGUCGUCCAGCUUCUGUUUGGCCACCGCAUCCUCCCGCCGCUUAUCUCUCAUUUGACCAAUAAGCUGGUGCCUCGGGUCCAGGCUCACGCUGCCGCUGCCUUAGUCAACUUCUCGGAAGCGGCACCCAAGGAAGUACUUGAACCUUACCUUGACCAGGUGCUUCUGAACUUAUUGGGCCUUUUGCAAAACCUGCCUAAGCGCUACGUUCAAGAACAAGUGCUUACCACUAUUGCCAUCAUUGCCGACGCCGCCCAGAACUUCUUCAGCAAGUACUACGACACGUUGAUGCCGCUUUUGCUCCACGAAUUGGCGCAACCAGACACCGACGAACAGACCCGUUCGUUAAAGGCUAAGUGCAUCGAGUGUCUGACGCUUAUCGCGCUUGCCGUGGGCAGAGAACAAUUCAGUGCCCACGCCCAAGAAGUGUUGGAACGCUUUGCGGCGUUGCAACAGCUGAUAGUGUCUGACGACGACCCCAUCAAACAGUUUUUGGAACAAGGGUGGUGUCGCGUGUGUCGCAUUGUCGGAAGAGAAUUCUUACAAGUUCUUCCGGAAAUCUUACCUCCCGUACUCGAACAAGCCCGUUACACUCAAGACGUGCUGUUGCUUGAAGAAGACCAGGCUGAGGAAUACACUCAAAACGACGACUGGGACGUGAUUAACUUAAGCGGUAAGCUUAUUGCCGUCCACACCCUGACGUUAGACGAUAAGGUCACUGCCUUAGACCUCCUCCGGCUGUACGCCGCUCAGUUGAAGGGGGAUUUCGUCGCCUACGUCGACGAGAUCGUCGAGCAGAUCGCCAUCCCCGCCCUCCAGUUCUACCUCCACGACGGGGUGCGGGCUCUGGCAGCACUUGCGCUUGCCCUGAUGAUGCGGCUGGCGGUCGCCGCCGACCACAACGUCGCCCAGUUGUGGCACUUGAUCAUCGUCAAGUUGGCGCAAACGAUGACCUCGGAGCCGAUGCCCGAGCUUCUCAUGGCCUACUACACCGCCGUGAUCGAUAUGGUGAACGUGGUGCCGGCCUCCAUCGUCCUGGGCGACCCUCGACUCUUGCGGGCGUUGGCCACCGCCAUCAACGGCAACUUGUUAGCUGUCUACGAGCGGAUCAAGUCGAGAGAAAACGGUGACGACGAUGACGACUACACUGAAGACGUCGCCGACCUGGACGACGAGUACACCGACGACGAAUUGUUGGACGAGUGCAACAAGUUGGUGCUGGCGUUGUUCCGUCGGGCCACCCCGUUUGCCGGCCAGUUUUUGGACGUGGCCCGUACCACGGUGACGACGUUUGUCAACGACGACAACACCCAUUUGAAGCUCUGUGGGUUGGUGAUGGUGUGUGACGUCAUCGACGCCGGCGACCGCACGGUGGACCUUGAACCUUGGUUGAUGGUCGUGGCCCAACUGGUGAUGCUGGCUCACGCCGGCGUGCGGCAAGCAGCGCUGUACGCGGUCGGUGCCGCUGCCGACCACGGCAUCGCUCCGGAUUUCUGCAUUGCUUGUCUUCAGCCGUUGUUCAAGAUGGCGCUGGUGCCCGACCUGGGAGCCGACGAGAACGUCGUCGCCACUGAAACCGCGGUGGCUGCCAUCGGCAAGAUCUUCCACGCUUAUCAUGACAAAGUGCCCCAAUUGGACACGGCAUUGCAACAAUGGGUGGGGCUCUUACCGGUGAUUCAUGACCGGGAACAGGCUCGCUUCUGCUACCAGUUCUUGGUGCUGUUGAUUCUGAGCCAACACCCGCUGGUGACCACGCAAGUGCCCAAGGUGGUCGAGCUGGUGGUGCUGGCAUUGGCCCACGGGACGUUGCUGGAGGAAGUCCAGGCGGAAGUGAUCCCGGCCGUGAGGGGUUUGUUGUCGUCGCUCCCUCAAGAGCAAGCGACGGCGUUGUUGGCUAAGGCCCCCGAAGAGGUGAGAAAGUGCAUUGGGUACUCUUAA